AUGCAAUCUGUGCAAAACAUGGAAACAAGAGGGAUUCGUAUGAACGCAGCUAGGGACGACAAAAAAGGCUCAGAUAAAACGGAAGAGUACUCGAAAAUCAGGAGUAAGAUAAAUGGGUUCUCAGAGUCAAGUCAAGUCCUGCUCAAGGUGUUGGAAGAAGUUAAGGAUAUUCAUCCUUUCAUUGGGGCUGCUGUGAUAGCGUUCCAGGCAGUAGUCAAAUUAGAGCUGAAGCGGCACCAGAACGACGACAAAGUCAAAUUUCUGAUGGUAAAGCUGCAAGAUUUGAUGGAGACUCUGGUGCAACUUCGCGCCAUACGUCCUGAUCAAAAGACAAAGGAUCAGCUUUAUACGGUGAAGGAGAAACUCGCCUCGUUAUGUGCGAAGCUUGAAAAGGAUAUCGAAAAGUGCGGAAAUCUCUGCGAUCAUGUCUCAAAGAAAGGGUUCUUGGUCAAGUUACUCAAGGGGCCCAUCUACGAGAUACGGCUAGGGGAUAUGGCACAGACACUUGACGAGCGGCAGAGAGAACUAGAAUUUGCGCUUGUUCUCUUCACGGCGCGUGGCAUCCAAUCUACCAAUGAUACUCUACGUUCAGCCCACAAUGACAUCAACAUGGUACUUUUACUUCAGAUGCUACAGUCUUCUGCAGAAAAAGAGUUCUUGGACAUCGUCAACGCAAAGGGUGGGCCAUCCAAAUGCAUGCAAGACGAGAAGAUACUGGCGGAGUUGAUCCAAAUUCGACGCAGCCACAGCACUAGCCAAGAGGAUCCUGAUCCAGAUGUAGAUGAUGUUUCAAUCACUCCUCAACGAGUACCUCCACAAGCGCCCCUUUCACGCCCUAUGCCAUCCGCUUAUCCUCCGCAGCCCACCUCACGUUACAAUCAUGAGAUGUACGGCUCGAGACACAGAUCGAGACGUACCCAUUAUGGUCACGACGAAUAUGGUGAGGGAUAUGCCCCCGAGCCUCCGCGGACUUCCCACCAACGGUCGCACGCUACUCCUACCCGUUCUGCUGCUCCCGGGUAUCACUCCCACUAUCACCAUCAACACAGGGGCACAUACGCCUACGACUCUGACGACAAACAUCCUUCUGAUGCCGAGAUCAAACAGCUCAAGGAGGAACUAGCUAAGGACGUUGACGAGGAAGUGAACCAAAAUCAAGACGUGUUUAUACGCAAGUUCCAAGAGCAACGACGGCAACUGCUUGUCAUCGAACUGACUGUGAUUAAGCAAGGUGAUAGGGUGGUGCGAGAGGUACAUAGCGGGCCACACGACAGAAUCUAUGAUGAGGAGUUACGGGGUAUUUGGAAAGAGAUGGGAUGGAAGUUGGUUGUGCCUACAGUCGAAUUCGUUCGAACACUCCAUGACUAUUACGUAUCGCAACACCACGAUAUGCAGAUAUUGGAUGACCAUUUUAACCGUCCUCCCGAACCGGGCUCGACUCCGGAAAAUGAAAUGGCCGCAUUAUCAAGGUCUUUGAAUGCUGCCAAACAACACGCGGAAAAGAAAUGGGCCGUGAAGGGUCUGGAUUACACGAGAUUACAACCCGUUGCUGAGGCAUUUGAUGCUGACUACAGUGGGUACGUCAGUGUAUGGGAGGCUAAUCAAGUGUUAUCUUUGCGACCAGAAGGCUGGAGUCUUCUUUCAUGGUUAGCGUACUGGGCCUCAGGAAGACACUCGGCGAUAACUCAAUAUUGCAUCAAGAUCGGCGACAUUCUCGAUAAUAUGCACCUCUUGCUCCGGCAUAGAGUUCUUCCUGUCAAUCGUCACACAGUCAAUCGCUACCUGGACAGGAUGAGAACCCUGGAACGGGUACUUGCAACCACUCUUCCAUGCGACGAAGCUCCUGAAGGAGAGUUGGCUCUGAGGGUCUCUCGUUACACUCAGAACGAGGAGGAAAGGAUGGUGCACAUUCUGCAGGCUCUGAAUUAUGAAAUCGACGGUUCUGAUACCAUCGAGCUUAUCACUAACCGCUAUCAGAUAGAGAGGAACUUCUUUCCGCUUGUUUAUCUCCUUCUCAGACGCCAUCUUGCAGUGAUACGUCUGGCGUGCGAUGUCACCCUUGACAUUCGGGAGAUGGCUACCGCUACCAGCUCCCUAAAAACCAUCUUUCAAGCUGUCAAAUCUCGCGUGUCAACGUUGAAGGUUAUGUUUCUCGAUGAUUCGACCUUUUCUUCCUUCCUGCAAACAUUUGCCUUUGGAAUGUACUACGGAGUGUAUUCAAACACGGUGGUCCUAUUUCCCCCCUUGAAAGAAAACGAAGAUCAAGAAAUGGGCGAUACGACGCCUGCGCCUUUUUACUCGCCUGAAGAUCCGAUCCAGUUCGAAUCAUGCAUCGGAGAUCAUGUGAAUGGUUACUGGAGUGGGUACCUCACGGGUAGCGAUAAAAGAAGCCCGAAUACAAACAGAUUGCUUCAGUUCCGGAUAUCGAACUGGAAGGGUAGCAAGUUUGAUGGUGAUGGAAGUUAUUCAGAAGGAGAGAUCAGUGUAGAGGGGUCUUACGACUCGAAAACUAAUGUUUUGGAGGCGACUAUCGUCGGGACUGCCGAUAUCAACAGAUCCGAAUCGGGAGGCUCAGACUUGAAAGUUUUCAUCUCGGGAUCGGUGGAUACGAUAUCGGUCGGGCAUCUUGGCAAGCAAUAUCAGAUCUCGGGUGGUUGGAAUACUUCGAAGGAGCGGGGUUCCAUAACUCUACUCCAGACUCCUGCCUGGACAUAUCGAUUCCGACAACGGUAUCUAGGACAAACUGCAAAUGAAAGAUGGAGAUUCGCCCUGCAAGCUGUUCUCUACAGAGUACGAAGCGAACGCGGAGUUCCUGAUAAGGCCUUCUGUGUUGAGAAGCUGAAAGAAAUCCGACAAUCUGUGUAUUCUCUCAAGCAACAGAUGUUAAUCAAAGCUUCUGUAAACGAAGACGCAGAGGCCAUCGUGAACAGAUUGGCGCCGUCAGAUUCGAGGCUAUGUCACUGGCUCGCUCGAUUCGCUAUCUGGCCCACGAUACAUUUCAACGCAGAGUGUGAAUGCGGAAAACCUGUCAUCGGAAGCCGGGUCUCACGAUUCACGGGCUCACUCUCCUCUCUUGCCCUAGGGGAGGUUUGCCAGCACGAAGGUGGUACUCCUCUGUCUGCCAUGGACGAACGUAUAAAGACUGUCCAAAUUCUCCAUAGGCGCGACAAGUACGAGCUAACACAGCUCGUUGAUUCGGUUAGUGAGCAAAUCUCUGCUCUUUACCGCCACCCUGUUUCCACCGUAGUCACGGGUCGCUACAAACCUAUCAUUCGAAGACCCACCACCAGCUUGGCGAUGUCUUUACUUUCAAGAAACUCAACAGGUGAACGGUAG